UGUCAGAGCCAAGACGAGUCGCCAUGGAAACUGCUUGGCAAACACACCAGCAGGCAGAGGCUGCAAACAGCAGCUCUGAUGCCCGUUGGAGUGAAGUGGCAGGGACAGUGUGAGCAAGCACACCCAGCUGUGUGUGUGCCGUGUCAGUGUGCGGGGAGCGAGGGCUCAGGGCAGCGUGUGUGGGUGGCCCUGGGCCCAGGGUGUGAGUUGAGCAUGCAUGUGUGUGCAUGUGUGCAUGGAGACAGCUGUGUCCAUGGGGUGGGCUCAGGGCCAUGCCAGGGCAGGGGUGCCGGGCGAGCACAGGGAUGGGGUGCGUGGCAGCCCACCCAUGCACUUGCUGUGGGCCAGGCAUUGCCCUAGGCGCUGGCAGAAGGAAGACCCAUGUGGCUGCCGUCCCGACUCCCAGCCGUUUCGGGUGAAGACAGCCACUGACCAGGGCGCUGGGCCUGGAGGCUUCCAUUCCACCACCUCUCGCUGUUGCUAAGGCCCCACGCUAGCCAGAGCCAGGCCUCGUGGGCCCUCAGCCUAGUGUCCGUUUGCAGGGAGCCCUUGGCAGCUGCUCUGAUCAGCCCUCAGGAAAGUUCUGGAAGCAAUCGUGGCUAUCCCCUGGGUGGCUCAUGGGCCGCAGCAGGGGCUUCCCAGAGUGACCAGGCCCGCCAUGCUGCAGUGCCGGCCAGCCCAGGAGUUCAGCUUCGGCCCCCGGGCCCUGAAGGAUGCGCUAGUGUCCAGCUGCCCUGCCCUGCAGCAGCUCUAUGUGGCCACCUUCUCCCCGGCUGAGAGGCUCUUCCUGGCUGAGGCCUACAACCCACAGAGGACCCUCUUCUGCACACUGCUCAUCCACACAGCCUUCGACUGGCUCCUCAGCUGCCCAGAGGCCCCCGAGGACUUUGAGAGCUUCCACGCCUCCCUGUUGCCUAGGAAGCAAAGCCCAACUCGGAAACAUGUCUACCUGCAGCCUAUAGACCUGAGUGAGGGGCCGGCAGGCGUCCUGCUGGACCACCUUCGGAGCUGCGCAGAGGCCUUCUUCCUGGGCCUGCAGGUCAGGUGCCUGCCCUCGGUGGCCGCUGCGUCCAUUCGCUGCUCCUCGCGUCCCAGUCCGCACUCGGAGAGGCUCCAGCUCCACACAGAUGGCAUCCUGGCUUUCCUGAAGAGCAGCAAGCCGGGCGACGCCCUGUGCGUGCUGGGCCUCACGCUGUCCGACCUGUACCCCUGCGAGGCCUGGAGCUUCACCUUCGGCAAGUUCCUCCCAGGCCACGAAGUGGGUAUCUGCAGCUUUGCCCGGUUCUCAGGGGAAUUCUUGGAGCUGGGGCCCUGUGCCUCUGAUCCGGCCCUGGCAGAGGUGGCGGCAGAUGGUCCCGAGACCCCCCUGCAGGACCAAGAGACCCUGCACAUCAGUGUCCUGGGGAUGCUACAGUGCUGCAAGGUCACGUGCCACAAGCUCUGCCACCUCCUCGGCCUGGGGCACUGCCGCUGGCUCCGCUGCGUCAUGCAGGGGGCGCUCAGCCUGGACGAGGUCCUGCGGCGGCCCCUGGACCUCUGUCCCGUCUGCCUGCGGAAGCUGCAGCAUGUCCUGGGCUUCAAGCUUGUGGACAGGUACAAGAGACUCUACACCUGGACUCAAGCAGUGGCGGGGACACGGCCUGGGCAGGAGGCAGGGGAGCCGUCUGUGUCAGAGGACACCUUGCCUGGCAGUGCGGACUCUGGCCUGAGCUGUGAGAGUGAUUCAGAGCCUGGCAGCAGCCCGUCAGAGCCCCUCACCCCUGACACGUGGAGCCACAUCUUCUCCCUGGGGCCCGAGCCUGAGGAUGGGCUGAGCUCCCUGGCAGCAGCCUGGGAGGGCCCACCAGCACUUGGGACCCCAGUGGAGGCCAUCAAGGAGCAUGGACAGUGGCUGGCGAUGUGCAUCCAGGCCCUGGAGAGGGACGUGAGUGAGGAGGAGCUGGCGCAGGUGGACAGAGCUGUGGAUGCCCUUGCCCGGUGGGAGAUGUUCACGGGGCAGCUUCCGGCCACCAGGCGGGACCCGCCCUGCGGCCAAGAUGGCGUGGGGCUGCGCAGGGUCCUGGGGGACACCUUCUCCUCCCUGAGGAGGAAGCUGAAUGUACGCAGGCCGGCCAAGGUGGGAUCGUCCCCAAGCCACUGGAGAACGGCAGAGAACUAGUGCGGCCCGUGCAGUGUGCCAGCACCUGCCUUUCCCUGGACACCAAUGCCUGUGACGUGCAGCGGCCAAGGGUGCCGUGGGCCCAGCAAGGGCUCAGGAGGAAAGGUCUCUAGGGAGGCAGAAGAAGACCCUAUGUCCUGCCUGGGGCCGCAGCAGAGGGUGACUCGGCCCCCAGAGCGCUGGCUCCCCGGGGGCAGGAGGCAGCAGGAGCUGGGCCUGCGAGGCCCCAGCCUUGUAGCUGGAGCUCAGGUCGGGGGUGACAGGCACAAGGACUCAGCUACUGUGAUCUCAUUCUCCGAAGCCGCAGCCUGGCUCUGCAUUCGUAGGGCGGGCAGGGCGUUGUUUCCAUCCACUCCGAGGAUGGGGGGUGGCUUUCUGUGGCACCCAUGCAUUCGGGCCCUUAGGUGCUUCAUGUGGUGUCACCACUCACUGGAGAUGUGCCCCCGGGGGCUGACAGGUGUUGCAGGAAGGGAGGCAUCUGAUUGACAGGCUGGAAGGCGCUGUGAGGCAGAGUCCCUGGGACAGCUGCCUGCUGUGACCUGCAGUGCUGAAACCAAGCAGUUCUGCCCUGGGGACAGCUCUCUGACAGGGGGCCUGCAGUGCCUCAGAGCAUCUGUGUCCCUACUGAUACCAUCUGUGAUGUCCAGCCAAGCCUGGGGAUUGUCUGUCUCCCUUUCAUUUUGUCAAAUUUUGCUUCCUGUUAUGUAAUACACAUUUGGUAUUUUUCCUGAUCAAUUAACUGUUUUCAGUAUCAGAAGCUGCCUCUGCCUGCAGCGUAGGAGUCCUAGGGAGUGCCAGGUCCACUUCUGACAGCGGAAUUCCUGUGGCGUGAUGAGGGGGGUCACAGCUAUUUUCCCAUCUGGGAAGAGGCACUAACAGGGCGACUCACCCGUUUUGUGGGCAGCAUAUACAGUUUUGAGGGCCUUCUAAGAAAACAGUACAAAGUACAAACAUACAAUUAGGAGAGUCCCACCAAGCAAGAAUGUCUGAAGUGCCCUUGUAAUCUGCCACCAGGCAAGAGUGUGGGGUCCUAGUCCCAGAGAACACGGGGGCACUGGGUGGACAGAAGCACAUGCAGCUCUUCUGUCCCAGGUCCCUCUGGCUUCAAAGUACUUCACAGGGACCCAGGAGGAAACGGAGAUGAAGGAGGGAGCCGAAGUGCCGGGCAGACCCUGCAGAGGCAGGCCAGUGCCUGGUGCCUACAGAUGAGAACAGGCCACCCCAACCUCAGGCCUUAAAACCCUGCAGCCUGUGUAGCUCAGGAAGCAGCCGUGAGGCAGAGCUCGGUGGGAAGGUCUGCGCCUGGGGACCUGUGCACAUGGCCUGGGCUUCCUCACAGUGUGGCGCCUGGUUUCCAAAGGGGGGAUUUUCGGGAGUCACAUGGAGGUGGUGCGGCCUUUCCUGGGUGUCACUUCCAGUGCUGACACAAAGGCCUCCCCAGGCUCCUGGGGAGGGCACACAGACUCCACCUCUUGGGGGGCAGAAAAGCCUAUGAGAUGGGAAGACAUUUACGAAAUGCCUGCCCCACUGUCCACCACCGGGAGUGGGUGGCACACCUGCUGUCUGAUAUGACCUGUUCUCCAGUUUCCUUCUUCCUCUGCAGAAGGUUCAUCACUGGAGUGACAUGAGAUUAAGCAGGAGGUAAGACAGAAUGGAGCUGGAGGGGGUCCUGCUCAGCUGCAGGGAUCCCCAUGCUGGGCCUGGCCAGAGCUUUCUGAAGAGGGAAGGGGCGAGCCCCUGGAGCCCCCCUGGUGGGCUUCACUUCUGCAGGGGGAGUGCAGUUUUUUUAGGACAGCUGCUGGCAGGAACACUCUGAAAAUAAAGCUUAGGAACAGAGAUCGGAUUCCUUCCUCGGCUCAAACGUGAGCCCAGAGUCCGUCCGUGAUGGGGGCGAAGAGCAAUGGGGAGAGGGCUACAGCAGAGGAGGGGAUAACAAACCCCAUCUCCUCCAGCAAAGUCAGUUCACAGAUCUUCCCAAAUUCAAGCUCCAGACCUGGUUUAUUCAUGGUGAUGUGCCAAGUCCAUUUCUCUCCGUAUAUGUUGGAAGCCCAAGAGUCGGAAGGAGGGGUCUUCUCGCCUGCCGACACACAUCUCAGUGAGCCCAGCAGAGGGGCUUGAAUGGAACUAAAAAUGUGUCGGGGUCAUGACAUUA